GAGGGCGGAUCAGAGGCGGCCGUACCGAGAUAGGCCGCCCGUCGGGGCCGGGCUCACGUUACCGCCCCAGCCGCUGCCUGAGUCCUGUGCCUCGCCGGGACUCGGGCGCAGCCGCGGCCGCCGCUGCUCCGGGGCAGCUCGGCUUGGUUCGGCCCGCUGGCAGCAGGCGUCGGGGCGCGACGGGGCGGGCUGGACGGGGCGGGCGGCGGAGGUCGCGGCGAGAACCAUGACGGGCGUGGAGGCCGAGCAGGAGUUUGACUUUGAUUUCCUCUUCGAGUUCAAGCACAGCGAUGAGGGCGGCGGCGGAGAGCACUACGGGUACCCCCCCGCUGAUGUGGGCGCUGGCGUGCCUCUCAGCAUGGCACAUCCCUCGCUCUCCACCCCAUGCCACGGCCUCCAGACCCCCAACCCUGUCAUCUCCGUUGUGCCAUCCGCAGCCCACCCCUCUGGGUACGGAGGCCACCUGGACGGGGGAGCCUCCGACUACUACCUGCCACCAGCUGUCAGACCCAACGGCGCUCCGGCGCUGGAGAGCCCCCGCAUCGAGAUCACCUCCUACAUGGGGCUGCACCACACCCCCAGCCAGUUCUUCCACGACGAGGUGGAGGAGGCCAUGCCUGGCACCAAGCGGCCGCCUGCCACUGCCACGCUCAACCUGCCUAACAUGGAGGCAUACCGAGACCCCUCCUGCCUGAGCCCCGCCAGCAGCCUCUCCUCCAGGAGCUGCAACUCUGAGGCAUCCUCCUAUGAGUCCAACUACUCCUACCCCUACGCCUCCCCCCAGACAUCCCCCUGGCAGUCCCCCUGCGUCUCCCCCAAGACCACUGACACAGAGGAGGGCUACCAGCGGGGCAUGGUGGCCUGCACCCUGCUGGGUUCCCCCAGGCACUCUCCGUCGACGUCGCCCAGGACCAGCGUGACAGAGGAGAGCUGGCUGGGGGCGCGCGGCUCUGGACCCCCCUCACCGUGCAACAAGAGGAAGCUGGGCCUGAAUGGCCGCCAGGCCUCCUACUCCCCACACCGCUCCCCCACGCCGUCGCCGCAGGGCUCGCCGCGGGUCAGUGUGACGGAUGACACCUGGCUGGGCAGCAGCAGCCAGUACGCCAGCUCCGCCAUCGUGGCCGCCAUCAACGCCCUCACCACCGACAGCACGCUGGACAUGGGCGACGGCAUCCCCCUCAAGGCCAGGAGGACAGCGCUGGAGCACAGCCCAGCCAUGGCGCUCAAGACGGAGCCGGCGGGUGAGGAGCAGGGCACUGCCUCGCCCACCACCGACCUGGCCCCAGAAGACUUCUCUGGCUUCCAGCACAUCAGGAAGGGAAACUUCUGCGAGCAGUACCUGGCUGUGCCACAGCAUCCCUACCCCUGGGCCAAACCUAAGGCUCUGUCUCCAGCAUCCUAUGUCAGCCCGUCCCUGCCCGCCCUGGACUGGCAGCUGCCCUCCCACUCGGGCCCCUACGAGCUGCGCAUCGAGGUGCAGCCCAAGUCCCACCACCGGGCGCACUACGAGACCGAGGGCAGCCGCGGGGCCGUGAAGGCGUCCGCCGGAGGCCAUCCCAUCGUGCAGCUGCACGGGUGCCUGGAGAGCGAGCCGCUGACGCUGCAGCUUUUCAUUGGCACUGCCGACGACCGCCUGCUGCGGCCCCACGCCUUCUACCAGGUGCACCGCAUCACCGGCAAGACCGUGUCCACCACCAGCCACGAGAGCGUCCUCUGCAACACCAAGGUGCUGGAGAUCCCCCUGCUGCCCGAGAACAACAUGAGAGCCAUCAUCGACUGCGCCGGGAUCCUGAAGCUGCGCAACUCCGACAUCGAGCUGCGCAAGGGCGAGACGGACAUCGGGCGCAAGAACACGCGCGUGCGCCUGGUCUUCCGCGUGCACAUCCCCCAGCCCAACGGCAGGACCCUCUCGCUGCAGGUGGCCUCCAACCCCAUCGAGUGCUCUCAGAGGUCUGCCCAGGAGCUGCCUCUGGUGGAGAAGCAGAGCACCGACAGCUUCCCUGUGACUGGCGGCAAGAAGAUGGUCCUGACUGGCCACAACUUCCUGCAGGACUCCAAAGUCAUCUUCGUGGAGAAGGCGCCAGAUGGUCACCACGUGUGGGAGAUGGAAGCCAAAACCGACAGGGAGCUGUGCAAGCCAAACUCCCUGGUGGUGGAGAUCCCUCCCUUCCGCAGCCAGAGGAUCAGCAGCCCUGUCCAGGUCAACUUCUAUGUCUGCAACGGGAAGAGGAAGAGGAGCCAGUACCAGCUCUUCACCUACCUCCCUGCCAACGUUCCCAUCAUCAAAACCGAGCCCACGGAUGACUACGAGCCCGCGGUGCCCUGUGGACCAAUGAGCCAAGGCUUAAGCCCUCUCUCCAAGCCCUACUACGGCCAGCAGCUGCUGCUGCCCCCCGAGCCCGGGCCGUGCCUGGUGGGCAGCUUCGUGCCCUGCCAGCAGCGCAGCUCCCUGCUGCCGCCCGCACCCAGCUCCAGCCCCGAGCUGCACGACCUCUCCUCCUCCUCCCCCUACAAGUGUGGCCCCAGCCCUGGCCACGGCCACCUCGGACUUCAGCAGCCCGCUGGAGGCGUCGCCACCAUCCAGGAAGUGCCAAGGCCUCUGGUGGCACAGCCGAGCCCCCCCGAGCAGGCGUCUCACGGCAUGCUGCAGCCGCAGGUGAGUCACCGAGUGAGCAGUAGCUGUCCCCUGGGCCACCAGCAAACACUCUGCCCCAGCAGUCCCUCUUCUCCAGUUCCACCUCUCGCCCGAGAGCCAACCUCUCUGCAGCCCUGCAGCCCAGCUCACUGCUCCUCCGUAACGGGUCACCAGCAGCAGCUCCUGCCGAAGGUUCAGAGGAGGGAGGCUCCACCCAGCCACGCACUGGCAGUGCCAGAGGGGCACGAGGGAAGUAAUCAUAGCCUGGCCCCAAUCCCUGUAACCAUCAAGAGAGAGCCCGAGGAGUUGGACCAGAUGUACCUGGAUGAUGUAAAUGAAAUUAUAAGGAACGACCUCUCCAGCACCAAUGCCCACUCAUAGCUGGCAACCCCGGGCCUGGCACCAGACCCACAAACACCUCUGGCCUGGCUGGCCAGCAGAAGAUACCCUGAGUCAACUGCAGACGUUGCCUGGCACCGCUGUGCCCUUCACCUCCCCCCACCCCAGGAACUGAAGACUGGCCUCUUGCUUACCAAGAGCUCCUCGACUCACGCCUGCUGCAGAGGAGCCUCUGCGAAGGACUUCAUCUCAGAGGGAGGAGAGCAGAGGGCAGGCGGCACAAAGCCUGCGCCAAGUGCUGCUUCCCAGUGCUGCUCCUCCGGGCAUGGCCCUGCUGGCACAUGGCCCUGGCAGUGCCCUACCCAAGCAGCUUGUGGUGUCAGGGCCUUCUCAGGCAGCUUUGAGCUUCAGAAGCGUUGGGAGGUGCAGAGACUCUGGAGCUUGGUGCCCUGGAGCCACGUGUGGAGAGGAGCCCCUGCUCCAGACAGACCCUGCAUGGAUUCCAGAGCUGCUGCAGCUGCCCAUGCCCAGCCUGCUGCCCAACUGCUCAGUGCCUUGCAGGAGGCCUCCUGCUUGGUGUCAUCAUCUCAGCUUGCUUCUGCCCCUGCAGCUCCUUUCGCCCCUGCUACUGAGCCCUGGAGUCGUGAGAGCAGCGUGUGGGGGACUUUGGCAGUGUAUGAAGGACCCUCCUGAGCUGGAGCCCAGCUUCAGGAGCAGAGCGCAGAGCUGGACAGCAGCACAGAGUGAAAGGCUGAUGGGCAGCAAGAAGCCCUCGGGGCUGUGUCUGUGAGGAGGUAGCUUGGCCAUGGAGACCUCUGCCAGGAGGGGGGCACUCACAGCUCCUCUGGGGGGUGGCCUGCUGAGGGGCACUGAGCUCAGCAGUCACUUCCCUUCCUGCAUUGCAGAACCAGCAGGAAGGGCUCAGCAGCUUGCCCAGGGUGCUGGUGGCACCUCGGGCAGGGGAUGCCACGUGCUGGCCUCCUGCAAGCACUUUAGCCAGGGGAGGGGAUGCGGCACUGGGACCAGGAGCUGAACCCUGGGGAUGUGGAGCCAGGAGGUAAACCCUGGAGAUGUGGAACCAGGAGAUAAAGCCCUGGAGCUAUGGAACCAGGAGCUGAACCCUGGAGCUAUG